UACCCACCAUCUCGUUCUCGGCUCUUCCUCUCCGGCUCUUCCCCGUCGGGCUUCCGCCUUCCUGCACACCUUCUUGCUCCGUUUCUUCCUCGAACACAGAUUCUGUACCCCACCCCGACUCUACCUAUAAAUCUCACCAGCUCACCCCACGAAUCCCGGCAAAACCCACCGCCCGAAGCAAAGCUCGAGCCGCCGCCGCGAUGAUCCUCCGCAUCCGCAGCCGUGACGGCACGGACCGCAUCACGGUCCCAGACUCGGCCUCCGCCACCGUCGCCGACCUGCAGCGCCUCAUCGAGUCGCAUCUCACCGUGCCCGUCCCGCUCCAGCGCCUCUCCCUCGACCCGGCCCUCCUGCUCCCCAACCCCUCCGCCGCUGUCCCACUCCUCGCCGACCCGGCGACGCCGCUUGCCUCGCUCCGCCUUGCCAACGGCGCCUUCGUCUACCUCGCAUAUCCGCCCGAUGCGCGCUCCGCCCGCCCGCCGCCGCCCAAGGCGCUUUCCGUCGCUGGCUCCUUCGGCAAGAAGAUGACCAUGGAUGACCUCAUCGCGCGCCAGAUCCGUGUCACACGCCAGGAGAACGCGCUCUGCGCCGCCGCCUCCUUUGACCGCGAUGCCGCCAACGCGUUCCAGCUCUACGUCGCCGAGUCCCUCGCGUUCGCCGUCAAGCGGGCGGGCUUCCUCUACGGCCGCGUCGACGCAGAGACCAAGGAGGUCUUCGUCGACUUCAUCUAUGAACCGCCGCAGCAGGGCUCCGAGGAUGUGGUCCACCUCAUGAGGGAUCCCGAAGAAGAGGCCCGCGUCGAUACCAUCGCCGAGGGGCUCGGGAUGCGCCGGGUCGGCCUCGUGUUCACGCAGGCCGUCGGGAGGAAGGCCAGCGAGACUGGCGAGUAUACCAUGUCCAACCGGGAGGUUGUGCAGGCUGCCCAGCUGCAGGCUGAGGGCGGGAUCCCGGAGUGGGUCACUGCCAUAGUCAAAUUGGAGGUGGGGGAUGACGGCACUGGGGAUGUGCACUUCGAGGCCUUCCAGAUGAGCGAGAUUUGUGUCAAGCUCUUCAAGGAUGGGGUACUGGAAACUGAGGUUCAGGAUGCUGAUGAUCCCCGUCUGUCAAAGAUGAGGAAGGAAGUGGUGGCUGGGGGAAAGGAUACUAUGGAGGUGGAUAAUGACUUCUUCCUAGUGCCCGUCAAGAUCUCUGAUCACCAGGGUCCACUCUCAGUAGGCUUUCCUAUAGAGAACCGUGGAAGUCCUCUGGGCAUCAGUGCGCUGAGAAGUCACCUGGAGCGGAUGAAGCAUUUAACAUUUGUGAGGCGGAUCUCGGACUUCCAUUUGCUUCUUAAGCUUGCUACUUUCCUAGAUGUAAAGGCAGACAUGCCCACUAUAGCUGCAUGUGUAAAAACUCAGAGCAGGGUGCCCGAGGGAUACCAGUUUCUGAUCGAGUCCUUUGCUAGUCAGGGAUAAUCUUGCCUCUGAAAGCAUGGCACGACGAUGCAUAAUUAUUUACUUGUCACAUCAUGUAUAACUUAUGAAAAGUCUCAGGUGUAUAAGUAUUGUUCAAUUCUUAUGCCUUUCUUAUAGCA